AUGCCGUAUAAACCAAAAUUAAAAGUUUCAUCUAAACGAAAAUUUCAGCUAAAAAUUGCAAGAGCAAAAUUUGAUUCGCAAAAAAAUAAUGACUUACGAAAUAAGAUUAAUCAGUAUUUAGAAAAUAUGAAUUAUUGUCAAUUAAAACAAAUUCACGAUUAUAUUAUCAAGGAAUUAAAUAUAGAGGCAACUAGUGAAACUGAUGACAAACGAAUAGAACUGAUAUCUAAUAUUUUACAAUUACCUGAUCAGCAAGUUCAUGUAGCUACUACAUUAUUUGAAAAUAUGCGUUAUUCGAAAGGUUCUAAUGAAGGAAAAAUAUUAUCACCAUAUCUUCAAAAGAAGGCUAAAUUAUAUAUUGAACAAAGUUUAUAUAAGGCCGGCCAAUCAUCCAAUUCAUUAACUAAAGCUAAUAAUAAUUUGCAUUUGGAAAAUGUUAAUUUACAAAAAACUAUUACUCAACUUCAAAAGUCUAAAGUGACUUCUACUCAAAAACUUCAGAGUUUAAGUGGAAAAAUUUCACAGUUAACAAGAAAACGAAAAAAUCAAAUUGCAAAAAUUCGUGCAAAUGCUCGACGACCAUUAACAGAUACUCGAAGUUUUAAUGCAAUGAUUAAUUCUUUUAUAAUGGAAAACAAAAAAGAAUACAAAUCAGAUUUUAUAAAUAUAAUGGUACAAAUGUCACAAGUUGGUAAAUCAUCAUUUCGUAGCACAGUACAGGCAACACAAUUAUUUUUAGGAUUUUUAACAGGAAAGUCUAAUUCGCAUGGUUCAUCACCCCAGUCACUUGUUCGUUGGCACAAAGAAGUUUCUAAAUUACAUGUUAGUCAACUAUCUAAAAAUAUGGGCAAUUCGGAAUUUUUUUCAUUUGCACAUAUAAUUAUGAUGGGUUUUGAAGAGACCGCAUUUGGAAAAUUACCACCAGCUGCAGAAGAAUUGAAGACAGUACGUGCUCAUAAGAAACGAAAAAUCUCAAGUGAGACUGAUCAACAUGGAGAAGACAAAGCGAAUGAAACAUUUACUACACUUUUUAUUAGACGUUAA